AAAUAUUUUACAAGACUCGACGUCUGCUUGCUCGGAAGCGCAGAGGCAUGUUUCGCCUGUAGUGCCAGUUCACGGUCAUACCUGUCCUUACAUAAUAUGUUCAAAUUUACCUCAGUUAGUUAUAGAUUUUACCAGCCGUUCUUCUUGCAACGAAUAUGUUGUUCUUGACCAGAUGUCCCACGACGAUUGGACUGAAGCAGUUUUCCUGUGUGCUAGCAGCCAGUGGUGUUUCGAAUGGAAGAUUCUACUGCCACCAGGUUCCGUCGCGUCUUACUCCGCUCGAGCUCUUGCAGGACAAGAUAGCUCGCAACGAAAUACAACCAGACGCGCACCAGAAAAGUAUUGCCGAGGCGCUGCAGACCGUGUUCAACAAUAUUCAGAACUAUAGCCCUCCGAAGGCCGCCACUGGUCUGGGAAAAUGGUUCAGUUUUAAAAGCGCAAAUAACAAGGUCGAAGCCCCCAAGGGAUUAUAUAUCUAUGGAAGUGUGGGUGGAGGAAAAACCAUGCUGAUGGAUAUGUUCUAUGAUUGCUGUUUGGUGGAUCGCAAACGACGAGUUCAUUUCAAUUCCUUCAUGACAGAUGUCCACUCAAAAAUCCACGAAAUCAAAUCCAAGCAAGUUCGUGAUGUCAGUAGCACAAAACCGCAACCAUUCGACCCCAUAAAACCCGUUGCGGAACUUAUCACCGAGGACUCGUGGCUGAUUUGUUUUGACGAAUUCCAGGUCACCGACAUUGCGGACGCGAUGAUACUCAAGCGACUGUUCACGUACUUAUUUGAUAACGGCGUUAUCGUCGUAGCAACGAGCAAUCGAGCCCCCGACGACCUGUACAAGAAUGGACUCCAACGCAGUAACUUUGUCCCCUUCAUUGGUGUGCUGAAAAAUCACUGCAACCUUAUCACGCUGGACAGUGGGGUGGACUACAGAACAGCAACGCUGAAAGGCGAAGGGAUGCACUAUUUUGUGAAAUCACAAAUGGAUGCUGACGAUGCGAUGAACAAACUCUUCAAGGUUUUGUGUUCACAAGAGAACGAUUUUAUUCGACCCAAAACAUUCACACAUUUUGGACGCAAUAUAUCGUUUGCCAAAACAUGUGGACAGGUUUUGGACAGCACCUUUGAGGAGCUUUGUGAUAGGCCUCUUGGAGCGUCCGAUUAUAUUCAGAUAGCACAAUUUUUCCACACCGUACUACUGAGGGACAUCCCACAAUUAAAUCUGAAGCUCAAAUCACAGUCCAGACGGUUCAUCACGCUUAUCGACACGCUGUAUGACAGCCGCGUGCGGCUGGUUGUCUCAUCGGAUGUACCAUACAAGCAGCUAUUCUCGAACGAAAAACCGGACGAUAUGCACACAUCGGACGAGCACCGGAUGCUCAUGGAUGAUCUUAAGAUUACUAAGGAUUCGCAGGAUGCCAGCUCGAAUAUUUUCACCGGCGAGGAGGAAUUGUUUGCGUUCGAGCGAACGGUGUCCAGACUUGCGGAAAUGCAAUCCGCCGAAUAUUGGUCCCUGUGGGAGAAACAUCGAUAGGGUUUAUCGUGUAGUGUUUGUACUACAUGGCUGGACCAGGACAUUUCACUUCGUGUAGUAGUUAGUACUUAUCAAAUAUCAGAAUAGGAAAAAAAAACUCUGUAACAGGUUUUUAUGCGCUUUAUUGUGUUCCGUUAGGGUCAGACUCGACCCAUACGACCCGGCAAUGUUCCAAGUGUUGACACUAAAGAAAGCUAAUUUAUUUAUUUAUUUAUCAUUAAUUUUUUUAGUGAACAAAUUGUACUAUAGCGAGAAUAAAAUAGUUUAAAACAAGUGAACUACAAUAAUAGAUGAUGCAUCAAUUCAAUCA